AUGCAGUUUACUACCGCUAUCGUUGCUCUCUUGGCCAGCGCUGUUGUUGCCGUUCCCACUGGUGAUCACGGCAGCAACAGUGGCGGCACCGCCCCCUACAGUGCUUGCUCCGGUCUCCAAAGUAGCCUUCAAUGCUGUGCUACCGACAUCUUGGGACUUGCGAACCUCGACUGCGGUCCCCCCCCUGCCGUUCCGACGUCUGCCGAAAACUUCCGCGAUAUCUGCGCUGCUAUUACCCAACGUGCUCGCUGCUGUGUUCUUCCUGUUCUCGGCCAGGGUCUCGUCUGCCAGGUUCCCACCGGUGUUCGUGACUGA